AUUCGCACAAAUUUUAGUGGUGAUUUUGGCAGCCAAUCGCACCCAGAGUCUGUAUUAUAAACGAUAAUGCUUGGAGUUCUAGUGAUUCUAGUGUGGAUAAGCUGUGUGGGGCUAGUUAGUGGUACAUGGUACUUCACUGAAAACAAGAUAUGUGAUCCCAGUGGAACCAACCAACUCCCUUUCAGUGGAUUUAAGAUCAAUCGUCAGUACAAGAUAGCCGGAUUGUUGCAUCCAGUUAGUAUGCAUUUUCUUGUCCUAACCCACUGUGAUCAUGGAAUUGUGGAUUAUCAGAAGCAUAUUAGGACCCAAAGUAGUUCAGGGGUAGAUUGGGAUAGACCAUUCUGUUUGUUUAAACCUAAAUUGGGGGAUAUGAUGACUUUAAAGCCUGAAGAUACUAUCGCUAAUUUAGUGGAUAAUGAUAUCGAAGUAACGCAAAUGAUUGAUACUACAAAUGAAGGUACUAGUGGAAUCAAGCUGGUAGUGCUUAACAAAGUGGUGGGACUACGAAAUCUUGUUCGACAUGUAUUUGAUAAAACAGUAGAAAGUCUAACUAGUGGUAAACUGAUUCAGUAUACCGGUAAUAAAUCUCGUCAACACUAUGAAGAUAUUAUUCAAUCAGAUCCUCAGUCAGUAAUGGAAUGGGAAGCUAGAAAUUUUGUAUGUUACAAGAUGGCAAGAAGAAGAAAGUAUGCUAAACAGAAAUUAUCCUUCUAUGUUCCAGAAACAUUUGUAGGUGGACUCUUUGAAUGUUCAAUUAGUGCUGAACAAAAGAAACAAAUAUUUCAACUGUUCAGUCCAACUGAUUUCCUCAAAUCCGUCGAUUUGAAAUGUGAACCAUCAUUAUCCAAACCGAUUCUGCCCUUAAUUGCUGCUGAUAGUACUCAGCAGUGGAUUCUGAAUAAAUUAUUUAAUAUUUUUAAUCCUGCUUUAACUCAAACCAUUCCCUAUCUUUCAACAGCUAGUCCUCUAAAUGUUCGAUUUUCAACUUCUAAUACUCCUGAUAUGUAUAAAGAUACUUGGGCUACUAAAAUUGAAGUUAAUGAAGAUUAUGAUUAUUCAGAAGCUGAUAUUCAUUUAAUUUCUAAAGCAAUAUCUACUACGGCUAACUAUUUAAACAAAUUACUAUCUCCUAUUGACUUCAAUGGAUUACUUAGAAACCAUUUGAAUUGGGCUGAUGAACUGGAGAAUCCAAGUUUAACAUCUCAUGAUAGUUUAAUUUCUAAAUUUGAACUGGUCCUUUCUUUAGAUCAGAAAUCAAAUUUAUUUCUUUCUUAUGGAAAAUCAGGUUUAGUACAUCUACAAAAUUUACAAAAAUUAUGGGAGAUUACAUCUCUAAGCACAUGACAAGUGUAUAAUGGUAACGGUAUAAAAGUACAAAAAAUUAAA